GAGCUGAAAGAGCCCCACGGCCGGAAGUUCAGAUUCAGAAUUUCUGAGCUGAAAGGAAAUUCGGGUGGGUCCCGGGCGGCUCCGGUUCAUGCGUAGGGUUUGGACCACCUUCCCGCCCACUUUGUUCCGAACAGGAACCGAGCCCAGAGGAAGAAGACAUGUCCGGGGACUCACUGCGGGGGGUGUUCCUCCACAAACUGCCCCCCUCUGUGCUGGUGGAGUUCUGCCGGCUCAUGGACGGGCUUUCGGACCUAGACUGGACCCGCUUUGCCUCGGCGGUCCUCAAAGACCAGAACGACGUGCGCCUGUGUGAGCGGAUGAUGAGGCGCACAGACUGGGUGAUGAACCAAUGGGGGAACAGGAACGGGCGCGUGGGCGAGCUGCUGGACCUGCUGGACGCCCUGCAGCUCUUCAAGCAGAGGGACGUCAUCCUGGCCUGUGUGACGGAGGUGACCCCCCCGCCCCCUCUUCCUCCUCCUCCACAGUAUAAGUCUGUUCCAGCCUUCAAACCAGCUGAGGCUCCGCCCACAGCUGACGUUUGUCCAGCAGCUCUGCCGGGGCCGGCCCCGCCCCCCCGCACCCUGCUGUCAAAGGUGCAGCCUCAGGUACAGACAGCAGUUCAGACGGCCCCACCCCCCCGGGAGGGAUUGGAUUCUGUUACGAGUCAUUCCUCUGAUAAUCCUGAACAGGAAGUACUGCGCAGUGACGUGGUCCCGCCCCCCUCCUCUCUGCCGCCCUGCAGCACCAGUGCAGUCAUGUGCUGGCCGUACGAGGAGGUGCAUGCUGGGACACGGGGGUUUUCCCCCGCCCUGCAGGUGGGUGAGGGGGGGUUUGGUGUGGUGUACCGGGCCUGCCUGAAGAACGUGGACUGUGCCGUCAAGAGACUGCGUCAGGACGGCGUGAUGGACUGGACCCAGCUGAGGAGGAGCUUCCAGACGGAGGUGGAGAAGCUGUCAAAGUUCAGACACCCAAACAUCGUGGACCUGCUGGGCUUCAGUGAGGGAGGGGGCUCCAUGUGUCUGAUCUACAGCUUCAUGGAAAACCGAUCUCUGGAGGACCAGCUGCACGGCGGGGGGGUGCUGACCUGGUCCCAGAGAGUCAGCGUUGUGGCGGGAGCCGCUGCAGCUCUACAGUUCCUGCACUUCCUCCCUCUCGGGGAGGAGCCGCUGAUCCACGGAGACGUCAAAAGCUCCAACAUCCUGCUGGACCGGCACAUGGAGGCAAAGCUGUCAGACUUUGGCCUGGCCCGGUACGCCCCCCCGAGCCUGCCCAGCUGCUCCGCCACACACACGGCGUCUGUGGGGAGGACGGCGACGGUGAGGGGAACGCUGGCCUACCUGCCGGACGAGUACGUGAGGAAAGGGGAGCUGUGCACCGCGGUGGACGUCUACAGCUUUGGAGUGGUCCUGCUGGAGGUUCUGACUGGACGGAAGGCUCUGGAGAAAGACCGGAAGACCGGAGACAUAUACCUGAAGGACCUGGUGGUGGAGGUGGAGGAGGAGGACCCAGACGGUCCAGGCGAGGCGGCGUGGCGGCGGCGGCUGGACAGACGUCUGGUGACAGGGGGCGCCGCUGAGCCUGCGGGCUUCCAGGAGGUGGUGGCUCUGGCCUGCCAGUGUCUGAACCGGCAGAGGAAGCGGCGGCCCCCCAUGACGGAGGUGUUUGACUGUUUGAGGAGGGUCCACAACAUGCUGAGGAAGGCUGCCUCCUCCUCCUCCCCCCAGCCCGACCCUCGUCUCCGCCCCCCCUGCUCUCCAGACCACGUGGAUGUUCUCUCCCAGCAGCUGUCCCGACUGGGUCCACUGGAGCACAGUUACCCUCCCUCCCAGUCCUCCUCCUCAUCCUCCUCUUCCUCUUUUUCCCCCCACCCCUUGCAGUCCUCCUCCCUGCCCCACCUCUCCUCCAUCACUGGUCCCUGUGAGACAGAUGAGAGUCGAGGUUUCUCCCAGUACGACCUCCAUCCCCGAUCCAGAUGCGACUGCAGCUCCAACCCCGGCCCCCCCUCCAGCCACGAGUCCCCCUCCCAGAGCAGCAGCACAGGUGACUGUCCGAGGUCCUCCUCCA